AUGGAGUCCUCACGCGGCCCUCCGCGGGUCAAGAACAAGCAGGCGGCGCCCAUCCAGAUCAGCGCCGAGCAGCUGCUGCGCGAAGCCGUCGACCGGCAGGAACCGGGGUUGCAGGCGCCGACGCAGCGCUUCGCCGACCUGGAAGAGCUGCACGAGUUCCAGGGGCGCAAGCGCAAGGAAUUCGAGGACUAUGUGCGCCGCAACCGGAUGAACAUGAACAACUGGAUGCGCUACGCGCAGUGGGAGAUUGAGCAGAAGGAGUUCCGCCGCGCGCGCUCCAUCUUCGAGCGUGCUCUCGACGUCGACUCGACCAGCAUCGUCCUGUGGAUCCGCUACGUCGACUGCGAGGUCAAGACCCGCAACAUCAACCAUGCGAGGAACCUGCUCGACCGCGCCGUCACCAUCUUGCCGCGCGUGGAUAAGCUGUGGUACAAGUAUGUCUACAUGGAGGAGACCCUGGGCAACAUUCCCGGUACCCGUCAGGUCUUCGAGCGCUGGAUGUCUUGGGAGCCGGAUGAGAAUGCGUGGAGUGCGUACAUCAAGUUGGAGAAGCGCUACAAUGAAUAUGAGCGGGCACGCGCCAUUUUCGAGCGCUUCUGCCAGGUCCAUCCGGAACCGCGCAAUUGGAUCAAGUGGGCCCGGUUCGAGGAGGAGUUCGGGACAAGCGACCUGGUGCGGGAGGUGUUUGGACAAGCUGUGGAGACGUUGGGCGAGGAAUUCAUGGAUGAGAAGCUGUUCAUGGCAUACGCACGAUUCGAGGCAAGACUCAAGGAAUUUGAGCGUGCUCGUGCCAUCUACAAGUAUGCUCUAGAUCGCAUGCCGCGGUCCAAGUCCAUGAAUCUCCACAAAGCCUAUACCCAGUUUGAGAAGCAGUUUGGCGACCGCGAAGGUGUUGAGGAUGUCAUUCUUUCCAAACGCAGGGUGCAAUACGAGGAAGCCAUCAAGGAAAACCCUAAGAACUAUGACAACUGGAUCGAUCUAGCCCGGUUAGAGGAGACAGCAGGAGAUGUCGAGCGUGUCCGAGAUGCGUAUGAGCGCGCGAUAGCCCAAAUCCCGCCCACUCAAGAGAAGCGCCAUUGGCGGCGAUACAUUUACCUAUGGAUCUUCUAUGCGCUCUGGGAGGAGAUGGACGCCAAGGACGUUGACAGAGCACGCCAGAUUUACAACGAGUGUUUGAAGCUGAUCCCACACAAGAAAUUCACAUUCGCCAAGGUCUGGCUGCUCAAGGCGCAGUUCGAGAUCAGACAAAUGAACUUGGCGGCAGCACGGAAAACGCUGGGUCAAGCCGUUGGCAUGUGUCCAAAGGACAAGCUAUUCAAGGGCUACAUUGAGCUCGAGCUCAAGCUUUUCGAGUUCACCCGUUGCCGGACUCUUUAUGAGAAGCACAUCGAAUGGAACCCCAGCAACUCGCAAGCAUGGAUUAAGUUCAGCGAGCUGGAGCGUGGCCUGGAUGACCUCGACCGCGCACGCGCGAUAUUCGAGCUCGCCGUUCAGCAGGACACGCUGGACAUGCCGGAGCUGGUGUGGAAGUCGUACAUCGACUUCGAGGAGGAAGAGGGUGAGUACGAUCGCACCAGGGCGCUGUACGAACGUCUGCUGGCCAAAACAGAUCACGUCAAGGUCUGGAUCAGCUACGCGCACUUCGAGAUCAACGUGCCCGACGAUGGCGAGGAGGAGGAAGAGGACGAAGAGCGGCCGGUCAGCGAGGAGGCGAAGAGGCGCGCCAGGAGCAUAUUCGAACGCGCCUACAAGAGCAUGAAGGAAAAGGAGCUUAAGGAGGAGCGCGUUGCUCUCCUCAAUGCCUGGAGGUCUUUCGAGCAGACUCAUGGAUCUGCGGAGGACUUGGACAAGGUCGAGAAGCAAAUGCCCAAGCGCGUCAAGAAGAGGAGGAGGUUGGACACCGCGGACGGCGGCAUGGAGUUCGAAGAGUACAUGGAUUAUGUCUUCCCGGCGGAUACGGAGGGCGAGGCCAAGCUGUCGAAGCUGCUGGCGAAGGCGGCUGCUUGGAAAAAGAAGGCGGAUGUAGACGAAUAG